GACAGUUGCCAGCAUUGCGAAGGCCAUUGUACUCUAAAGGAGACAUCGCUCGGACGAAACAUACUUAUUGUGAUUGUUGCAGCGGCAAGAAUUAUCGGUUUUCAAAGGGAUUCGUCGAAAUUAUCAGUUACUAAAGGAGUCAUACAAGUAAAAUGACUCGCGGCAAUCAAAGAGACUUGGCCAGGGCCAAAAACAUGAAGAAACAACAAGAAUUGAAUAAGAGCAAGCAGUCAACAGAUGGAUUAACGUUGACACAACGUAAAGAGCGAGACGCCCAGGUUAUGAGGGACAAACAGAUAAAGAAAGAAAUGGAAAAAGAGAAAUCAAAGAAUAAAUCCUAAUUAGUUUCGUUUCUAAGUAUGUUUCUUUCUUUUAUUUACAUAACAAUAUAACGCUACCCCUUCGAA